GUUUUGGCAAUGUUGUCAGAUUUAUUACCAGUUGUUCUGGGCAGGUAAAUAUCGUCGCUUUACUGAAUGUAUUUUAUUUUUCUUUAAUGGUUUUCAACACGAUAGCGAUGUUGUAACAGUUCAAGUGAUACAUGAAGACAUUUUCUACAUAUCGGAUAAGAGAAAUGUCAUCAAUUAUGGAUUGUAAAAGAUAACCGAGCGUCUGUAAUGUACUCGCUGUCGUUGACUGUGCGGAGAAAUGGACGCACAGCAAUGCAAUUCACUUCAAAACUUUGAUGAUCCGAAAACGGAAAUUUUGAAAAAAAGAUUAUUAAAAUCCGUGAACACGUCGCUCGGCGCCAACCUAACGCACAAUAACUCGCAUCAUAAUGUGCUGUUGAAUACAUUACGCGCGCCAAUACCGAGCAGCAUGAUCGUGUCGUCGGUGCAGGCGCCGCAGAGCUCCAUGCCCAUCACCCACAACUUAGUCACGCACUCCAUCGCGCCAGUCAAGAUACACACCAACAACGCGCCGUACGCGCCUCUCCAGUUGUCCACUGUUCAUGUUCCUGUACAAAUUCCCGGCUCUACAUCCAAUAUUAAUGUGCCUGUUCAAUUAUCGGGCCCCACAAAUACAGUCCCUCUCCAAAUAGCACCUGUUAGUCUCCCCCUUCAGGUUUCAGGAACUACCAGUGUCCCUGUACAGUUAUCAGCUGGUGACACAAUAAAUGUCCCACUUCAGAUUCCCACAGCAAGUCAAAAUAUACAGCUGACUGGUCCAACAUUGCCUUCUAUGCCAUUGAUUCAAAACCAUAAUCAAUCUCUCCACAGUUCAAUAAUUCAUGUACACAUGGGUUCUAAUCCAAGACCACCUAACCUAGAUGGGACUUCGGACCUGACAGUGUCCACUUCAUCCCAACUCCAACUAUCAGAUUCAUCUGGUGUUCAAGUUAAAAUGAACAAUGCACCCACAGUGUCACAAGUUCAAAUGGGGCCUAACUCCGUGGUGCAAAUUCCUAACUCGUCCAAUAAUUCAAUACAACUGCGAGGGGCUGCAAGAGCGAUGCAGCACAUGGUGUACAUACAGACUCCGAACGGGCUGAAACCGGUGACCAGCACAGAUGUCAUCAGCCAAGCCAGCAGCAGCGGAAACCCACCACAAAUCAUAGUAAGAAGGCCUGUAACUAGCAAUUCCAACAUACAUCUCAUAUCAAAUGUGAAUAAUAAGCCUACGAUAGCUCCUAAAAUGCCGAAUCCGAACAAAUCCUCUAUUCUGGCUCCAGUGAACACGAGCCAACCCAUCGUUAUACAGAAACCAAAGACCAACGACAAAAUGAUGGUGCCAGUGAGCAUAGCACCGGGAACACCGUCCAAACAGGCCAUAGCUUACCUAGGCCAAGUCAAAAAACCUACCAAAAGUAUGUCAGAAAACCAAUCAAUACUCAUAUCAAAUAACCAGGCAAACAUGAAUACAAACAAUCAAAAGUUGUUUAUAACUCCAAUGCCAAAAAUUCAGAAUACAAAGUUUAUUCUACCUGUAACUCUACCGGCCACUAUGGCGUCGAAAGGACCAAUAAUAAAUCUGCAAAUUGCUAACGGGCAGAUACAGAACGAUCCUCAAGGGAACAUCACGGUGAUGCGGGAUACGGGACCCAUGGAUGCCAACGAAAUGCCUCCCUUACAGCCAUUGGCCAAAAUUGUCAAUAUAAAUGGCAAAGAUAACACAAUACCCCAAAGCCCUAAGAAUGAGAAGUCAUUUACGAUAUCUAUUCCAGGAUCAAGAGCAGAACCGACUGGAGAACAAGGAGAAUAUACUCUGUCAAUACCAGAGACAAACGCUUCUAUGAACGAUGACAUAUACACGGUGUCCAUAGCUAAUGAAGAUGGCGGACAAGGCAGAGAGAAGUCCUUUACCUUAGCGAUCCCAGAGAAAGGCAAAAGCCUUUUAAACAGAAAUAUGAUUGAUAGACAUGAAAUGGGGACGGUCACUAUAGCUGCCCCCGCCAUUCUAAGACGUUCUAAUUCUGAUAACAGUGAGAGAAAAACUGCAAACGCAAAUAUGAAAAGACGUAUAUCCCUCUGUGCUGAGAAUUUUUCGAAUAAGAACUCUAGGAUUGGUUUCACACAGCACAGAGUCCCUGAGAAAUCUGAAGAGGUAGAGAAUAACGAUGAUCAUCGCGUGCCGUCUCUGUUUUGCGACGAAAAACUAGAAAAAGAUCUAGAUCCCAAAAACCUUGGUGAUUCAGACCAAGAAGAAUAUAAAGUCAAGGUGGAAUCUGGUAAGAACGACGGGUACUUCCCUUCUAUUGACACUAAUAGAAUAAAAAAAGAGGAACCUUCGGAAGAAGAUCCUCCUGGAUUGAUAUGGAGUAAUGGAGUCGCACUGUUGCAAGGCAGCGAACUCCAGUUUCAGACAAAUGAGUUCGGGCUCAUAGACUUAAUUGACAGUGUCGACGAGGCGGAGAUGUUGAUGACUCAGUCAUCUAAGUAUCACACUCCUCUGAAGCAACGCAUGGUCCGGGGUAGAGAUAAGAAACCAACUUCCCCCGAAGAUAUGUACCGGUGCGACGGAUGCGGAUGUCACGGAAUGGCAGCCGAGUUCAUCACGCCGAACUUCUGCAGUCUCACGUGUCAAAACGACGUGGAAAAGGUAAUGCAGAAGAAGAGAGAUCGGGAACGGACUGAACUGAUGAAGAAACGGAAUAAGAUGAAGAAGUUGCUCAUGAGGAAACAGCUGUCUGACUCCGACAUCAAGCUCGAUAGCAAAGAGGAGAAGUUGUUGAAGCAUUUUGAUACAAUGCCGGUGGAGACGCAGCUAACGGAGACAAGUUUACUCAAAAUGAGCGAGGAUUUGAUAGAGAACGAGAAGUACCCGUGGAUGUGUGGGAAGAACGGGUUCUCGUGGAUGCGGUACCUCGACAUCUGCAAGGCUAAGGACGCGCCGGUGAAGCUAUUCAAAAACCCGUUCCCUUACAAUAAAAAUGGGUUCAAAGUGGGCAUGCGGUUGGAAGCCAUCGACCCGCAGCACCCGUCCCUGUUCUGUGUGGUUUCCGUGGCGGAGGUUCAGGGAUACCGAAUGAGGUUACACUUUGACGAGCACCCGGAUAUUUACGAUUUCUGGGUGAACGCGGACUCGAUCGACAUCUUCCCGCCGGGCUGGUGCGAGAAGAACGGGCGCGCGCUGAAGCCGCCCGCGACCUACUCCGCCACCAACUUCACCUGGCCGCUCUAUCUCAAGCAGAUCAGGGCCGUCGCCGCGCCCAAACAUCUCUUCCCGCAUGUCACUACCACUAUGUUCAAGCCGAUUUGCUUCCGCAUCGGCAUGAAGUUAGAAGCAGAAGACAGGAACAACGACUUGGUGUGCGUCGCGACCAUCGCGGACACGCUCGACAACAGGAUGCUGAUCAACUUCGACAGCUGGGACGAGAUGUACGACUAUUGGGUCGACCCCACGUCGCCGUACAUACACCCCGUGGGGUGGGCAGAGGAGCACGGACACUCGUUGACACCGCCUAACUUUUACAAGGACCCCGACUCGUUCUCGUGGGAGAACUACCUGGCGGAGACGGGCGCGUCGGAGGCGCCGCCGCGCGCCUUCAAGCCGCGCCCGCCGAUGGGCUUCAAGCCCGGCAUGAAGCUCGAAGUGGUUGACAGGAGGGUCCCGUUCCUUAUAAGAGUGGCGACGAUCACCGAGGUGAAGGGGCACCAGGUGCGCGUGUCAUUCGACGGGUGGCCGGACGAGUUGUCGUACUGGCUGGAGGACGACUCGCCCGACCUGCACCCCGUCGGCUGGUGUCUGAAGACCGGUCAUCCGCUCGAACCGCCGUUGACGGCGGAGGAGCUGCGCGUGCGCGGCCCGUGCGGCGUGGGCGGGUGUCGCGGGCUGGGCUCGCUGCACGGCGGCGCGCACAAGCAGCACGGCGCGGCGAGCGCGUGCCCGUACCGCGCGCGCGCUAAAGCGCCAAAAUCUGUGCACACCAGUACGCCUAAUAGUGAUGCGCCUGCUAAAGACCGUCCAUUGCGAGGGAGGCCGCCGAAACAUAAGCGAGUUGAAGAGGUUGUGAAAAAUGAUCCGGCGUCGGACGAGGAGUCCGUGUGCAGCAGCGCGGGCGGCAAGCGCUGGCGCGGCUCGCAGGAGCCGCAGCUGCGCACCUACUCGCGCGCCUCCGCCGCCGCCGCCUCCUCCACCGCGCCGCCGCCCACCGUCUCCGACGCGCCCGCGCCCGCACUACGGGCGCAUCUCGACGCCAUCAUAGCGGACCUCGACCUGCCUAAAGAUCCCACCACUUGGACCCAGGAAGAAGUAACCGCUCUGGCGAGUCGCGUGGGAGGUGCGACGACGGGCGCAGCGGCGGCGGCAGCUCGGCUCAGUGGCCGGGAGCUGCUGAUGGCGUCGCGGGAGGAGCUUGUGGCGUGCCUGCGCCUGCGGCUCGGGCCUGCCGUGAAGCUGUACGCGGCGGUGCGGCGCCUGCGACACCUGUCGCCGCUGCCUGCACCGCCCGCAGCCUCCUGACGGGCCAUAGACGUCAUCAUGUGAAUCAAACCAGAGCCGUUGACUGACAGUGACUUGGUGCUUGAAAAGUAAACAGAGGCUAAAUGCGUUUAACGCGAUUUUGCGGCACGUGUUUACUCGUAUUCGAGUGGUGCGCUUUUAAGGCGACAACACAUACACUCACCUACAUACCAUACGGCAAAUUCAUGUAUUAGGUUGUAAUGACGUGGGUGCAUUGGGAUUAUACGAGACGACACGCGCUGCAAAUAAGGACACCAUAUAUUGCUCUAAAUGAAGGCCUGUGACCAUCUGCUGAUGUUAUUAAUAUUAAAUGAACUAUAUAGUGUACAUAGCGAAUGGAUAGUAAGGAAGUGUGUAUGGUGUUAAUUUCCUUCCAAAGAACUUAUUUAUGAACUCAUUUCGUUUUUACAUGAAGGAUUGUUUUCUUAAAUGUUGUAGACAAUAAAAAGAACAAAGUGCUCAGUGAAUUUUCGUUUCCAAUAGACCAGGAUUAUUUGGUGAAUCUUCCAGGAUGUUUGUGGUGAAAUUGCCAGCGUUCCUUUAGUGAAACUGAAGAUUUUUUUGAUUACACAUUUGUGUUGGACAAUUUUAUUUAGUUUUUACAAAUUUAUUUUACUUUGAUUACCAACUAUUCAUAGACUGCUUAAGUUUCUUUUAAAAUAAUAUGAACGAGUCAUUGUUAUUUAAGUUUAUGUUCAAAGAUUAUUAAGAAGAAAUGUUUCUUUGUGUAUGCAAUUGCUUGAAGGCAUUAUAUUUUUUCAUAAUAAAUGACUACAAUAUAGUUAUAAAUAUUUUAUAUUCUGUGUCUUGUCUUACAGUAUAUUAGACAGAAAUGUAUUAUAUAGAAACUUCAUUUUACCACUUUGUAAGAUAGUAGAAUGAAAUGCUUUCAAAAUCAGAUGGUGAUUUUUCGAAGAGACCAAAGCAUUAAUAUAAAAAUUGUAUAGAACAUCCUAAAGAAAUAACAUAAAACCCAAACUUUAUUUAAAACAGUGAAUAAUAAAAAUCAGCACUAUGUAUUUAGAAAAACAAAUGAAAUAAAAAUAAUUACCAUACAGAACAAAAGUUUCGCUUUAUCUAUUAAGAUCUUUUUCGUGGAUUUUAGUAUUUUUAUGUAUAAAUUGGGAAGCACAAAUGGAUUGAUUGGAAAACACGCUUUAAUUGCCGCGGUUGUGAAUUAUUGUUGUCCAAUUUGUGUUUAUUGCGCUAAUUCAUGUCGUGUGGUGUAAUGUCACUGAUUUAGAUAAAUAUAAAUUUGUAUUAACAUGUUAACUGUUAUGAUGAGAUACUUUACAGUAAUUAAUUUUAUUUUUUAAUAAUCUGGUAAUCUUCUGUGUAUUGGAAAAAAGUCAGAAAUUUAAAUAAUAAUAUUUUAUAAAACUUUUUGGCAAUGGAGAUGUUUAAAACUUAAUUUAGUUACAUAAAUAAUUUGAUACAAAGUUUAAUUUAGAUAAAGAUUACAGCAUAAAGCUUUAGCCACAUGUUACAGAAUGAUUGGACUGUGGCUACAACUGUGUGCCUUUACAGUUAACAUGUUACAAACUACACAAAAAUAUUAUUUUCACAUAUUCUUUAUAUGUACAGAUAAUAUAUUCAUAUAAUAUGUAAAUAAAGGCCAAUGCCACAACUUAGUACCUAUAUUUGUACAAAUAGUUAAAUUUACAGGUGUCCAUUUUAUUGGCAUGGUAUAUGAGUAAGCAACUGACGUCAUAACUGUUUUUGUAACUACCCACAUUCAAAAUUGGAAUAGUUAAUGUUUUCCUUAUUUUAGCUAUGUUUCUGCUUGAAAUAGGAAAUACUUUUAAAUUCAUAAAUAAUAGAGAAGUAUAAAGAUGCUUUCUCUAUGUUUGUUACAUUUACAAUUCCACUGCUGCUAUCUAUUUCUCUCAGAUGGAAUAUAUUCAUGGAUAUUGGGUAGGUAUAAAGUAGCUGGUUAGUUUUGUGCCAAUGUUUCGACAUAUUUUUACUAGUAUGCCUGCCAUAACAAUAUUUUCCUAAUUUCAAUGGACACCCUGUUAAUAUUUAGUGCAAUGUAGUUUUGAGGGAUUUUGCAAGUCACUUUUUGAAUACAUCCUCAGAUGACUGUUAUUUUUUUAAAAGUAUAGAUGAAUGUUAAGGUAGAAUAGGUUUGGAUAAGUGGCUUCCUAUAUUUGUAUAAUUUAUGGUUUUUAAAGACUUAGCGUUUCUAACGCUGCAACUACACUGUCGUGCAUUAUAUUUGACAAAUAUUGCCAUAAAAGAAACUGUUCUUAAGACUUUGCUUAUGAAAUUGCAUAUCAGUGAAUAAUUAUCUGAAGUCAAGUCUAGGAACAAUUGUGGAUCCUGCUGAAAGGAAAAUAUCGAUAGUGUAGUUGUUUCGGUGUGCGACAUUCGUCGGCAAAUGUUUAUUUUUAAUUAAUUUAUAUUAAAAUAUAUGAACAUGUGGUGCACUUUACACAUCGGGCAACGUAUUCGAAAUUAAUAUUUAUUUAAAGGGGAAUUUCAUAGGGCUCGGCCUCCGAAAGGCCUAAGAUCAUACAAGUAAUGAAUACUUAGAUAGAUUGAUUUCUUCAAAAUCUUCGACAAACCGAUUUACUGUAUUUUGCAUCUAUUGCUUUAUGAUUUAUUAACUCAAAAGGCCAGAAUAUGAUAUUUCAGAUCCAAGUAUAGAGAAUGUAUAAUGUCUUAACAAAAUACUUCAAAAUUGGGAUUUUUUCAACAUCAGAACAGUCUGUGUAACAUCUAGUGAUAUAUGCGGUAUUACAUUUGGUUAUGAAGCACUGAUUUGUAUAUUUGUGCCGCCAAAUAACAGUAUAGACGCCAGUGCAAUAAAUGGGCGUGAGGGAGAUCUAUAAUAAAUCUGGGUGACGAGAAUGAAAUGGUGCCUUGUAGUAACAGUCAAGCUUAUCUCAUUUAUUAAAAAAACUAGAUGCCUGGUAUUUGUUAUAUUUUGUUAAGAUGUUGUAUGAACAUUUAAUUAUUUUCUUACAUUGUAAAUAAAGGUGUAUAUGUAGGCUGUCUAUAUAUUUUUACAGCGAACCCCUGUACAGUACAUGCUAUAUGGAGUAAGUUUUUACAUGAUGCUAGCUAUGAAAUGUGCCAUUGUGUCGGCACAAAUACUGUUGUUCGGUAAUUUAAUAAAAAUUUAUCUAAAAA